AUGGAGAUGGACGACAUGGGCGGAAUGGACAUGGGCGGUGGCGGCGACUUCAUGACCAUGCCCGAGUGCUAUGCCACUGACGAUGCCUUCCUUCAGUCGCUGGCCCUCUGCAUUCACCAGCGCUGUCCCAACGACCCCAAUGAAUAUAACCUCAAGGACUGGCAAAUUGAAAAAUGGUGGGCUAUGAAUGUUGUUGGCAGUGCUGCUGUCCAGCCAGACCCUAAGGAGUCAUAUGCAGAGGCAUUGGCCAAGGUGACCACUCUGCCAACGGAAACCCUAGUGGCUGGUGAUGUCCUGAAUCGAACAAUGUUGGUGUCUAUCGAAGAUUAUCAACCAAACUGGAACGCCAAUACGAUAUUCGAGCACAUCGAGAUCCUGCACGAGCGUUACGGACUAGUGGUCUUCCUUUCUGGAGUCGUUAUUCCCGUCGGCUUCUCACUCCUUCGUUUCCUCCCUUUCCCAGGCCGUUGGGUCACCCUCUUCAACGCUUGGGUAAUCGACCCUCCUGCGAUUGGGCGACAUCACAAAGUGCCCAUAUUGUGGGGACUGACCAAUAUGCCAACUCGAGGACAGGCCCUGUUCAUCGCGUACCUGACGAUUGUCAAUCUCCUUCUCUGCGCCACCGGGUACUCUUCCAGACAACCAAAUAGCUGGUGGCUCAACGAUCGAGACCGCGAGAUCCUGACCUUUGUGACCAACCGAACCGGGGUGCUCAGUUUUGCCAAUAUUCCCCUCCUCAUUCUAUACGCCGGCCGAAACAACGUCCUGCUGUGGCUGACUAAAUGGAGCCACGAUACCUUCAUGUUAUUGCACCGCUAUGUCGCAGGCAUCGCCACUCUCCAGGCUAUUGUGCACUCUCUCAUCUACCUCUACAUCUACAAUGUGGACGGCGAGCACUCCAGCGAAAGCAAGCUUCCAUAUUGGUACUGGGGAGCCAUUGCCACCAUAGGCAUGUCGAUUUUGCUUCCGAUGUCGAUCUUGCCGCUCCGUCGGAUGCUAUAUGAGGCUUUUCUCUUAUGGCACAUUGCCGUCUCUGUCUUAGUUGUCGUAGGAUGCUACCUGCACAUCUAUGAUCGUUUCGGUCAUCAAUGGGGCUACGAAGUUUGGAUUUAUGUCGCAAUUGCUGUUUGGGUAUUCGAUCGUCUCCUCCGGGUCGGCCGGUUUGUUCGUGCUGGUCUUCGAUAUGCAAAGGUUACCAUUAUCGACGAUGACUAUGUCCGCGUCGACAUUGAAGGUGUCGGUGGCAACGGCCAUGCUUACCUUUACUUCCCCACGCUGACUUGGCGGGUGUGGGAGAACCAUCCAUUCUCGGUCGCAUCGACCAUCCUCAAUACCUCCCGCGAACCAUCCGCGUCGAAGACGAAUGUGAAACCCUUGAUGGCCGAUGUUGAGAAGGAUGGCGGCAUCUCGACGGCGGGCGCCGCCCUCAGCUCCGAUCAUUCUAGUGAUGGAGAAUUGGACGAGCACCAGCCCCAAUCGCCUAAAUUGGCCAUGACUUUUCUCCUCCGCACCCGCGGCGGUCUCACCUCGAGCCUGCGCUCACAAUGCCGAAUCCCAGUGCUCGUCGAGCCCGGGUACGGACACCCCUCCGAUCUCUCAGACUAUCCAACGCUGAUCUGCGUCGCCGGCGGCGUCGGGAUCACCACGGUCCUACCACUCCUGCGCAGCCACCCAGGCCGGACCAAGCUUCUGUGGGGGAUGCGCUCUCCGUCCCUCGCCGAAGCUAUGGAGCCCCAGUUGGCAGGAGUUGAGAAACAAAUCUUCGUCGGCAAGCGCAUGAACGUACGCGAAGAACUCGAGCGAGAUCUGGGCGCUUCUCCCGUCGUGGGAAACGCUUGUGCCGUCGCCGUCGUCGUGAGCGGCCCAGACGGGAUGGCAGACGACGUGAGGAAUGCGGUGUGCGAGAUUGCCAGAAGGAAGAAGGGUCUCAAGGUCAAGCUGGUCGAGGACUCUUUUUCGUGGUAG